AUUGCAGCUGAAAAUCGAUUUGAGAGCAACUCAUCAAAUUCCAUGGCAUUUCUAAACUUUGCAUGCCUCAGCACAGCUGUUUUGGGCUGUGAAGCAGCCUUAUCAGCUUGAGCUAGAGCUGCUAUCUCGAUGGCACUAAGCUGCAAAUGGACAUUCGUGUGUUAUGUUUGAUUUUGGCGUUAGGGUUUUUUUUUUUUUAUUCAUGCCGCUCAGUUGGGUUAUUAACGCUGUGCCUGGUCGAACCACACACACGGAAAAAAGAGGGAAAGGGAGAAAACGCUAGAAAAGCAUAUUCACAAAAUGAGCUGCGGUACGCAAACGUUGAAAAUCUCUUCAUUCGUUUUGGAUUUUCUUUGCUGCAUUUUUGCCUCACUGUCCAUAGCUGCGUGCUCGUACGCAUUGAUAGUGCUCACACAUAGCCAGGCCAUACGCAUACCCUGCAUAUUGGGCAUCGUGCUGGGUAUCUUGCUCUUCGGCAGCACCAUCUUUGGCUGCAUUGCGGCGCUGCGUGAGAGCAUACGACUCAGCUGGAUUUAUGCUGCCAUUUUGCUGGCCUUGAUAUGCGCCCAAAUUACAGUUAUAUUCGCACAACCCAUCAACUUUGAGCUGCUGGCCAACGAGACCAUCUCGAAUGCCUGGCAGGAGCAGCUGUAUUCGAAUGGCAGCAUGUCCUACUAUGAGAUCAAAUACCACUGCUGCGGCAAAUCGGGACCCCUGGACUAUGCUGCCAGCGGACUGCGAAUACCCGCCAGCUGCUAUUUGAACCAGAACUCGACCAUAGCCCCGGAUUUAUAUACAGUGGGCUGUAACAAGCGUCUGGCUGCCGCCUAUGUGAUGGGCACCAGAUACGAGCGCAUCAGUGACUGGACGGUUGUUGGCCUGGAGAUAUUGACUGUAAUGGUUGCCGGCCUGCUUGCAAUCACAUUACAAAAUGCGGAGCGUAGACGUUUGUACCGUUAGAUCAGAACUUUGGCUUUAAUUUGUAACAGUAUUUCAAAUUGUACAAAUAUUAAAUGUUUGUUUUGUUAAUCAUGCAAUUUAAAA